CAUCAGGUGCUCGCAAUGGAGAUGCUAAUUGAAGCCACCGUGGGUCUUGCAGGUGCCGCUUCUUCCGUGGCCCUGUAUAGGGGUAUCAAACGUAGGCUGUGUCCGUCUCAGGAAGAAAGAGAUUUCUACGCGAUGGACGGCAGUAUGGCGGGGCGUACGGUCCUGGUAACAGGCGCGAACAGCGGGGUGGGACGGGCAGCAGCGGAGAUCUUGGCACGCAAGGGGGCUCACGUCAUGUGCGCCUGUCGAGACAUGCCUAAAGCGGAGGCCACCGCCUCUGCCAUCAACCGACGCCUUCCCCGCACGGUGCCCCCCUCCUCUUCCCCCUGUGGCCGUGCAUCUCCGGCUCCUGCGCCGCUGGACCUGGCCUCUCUGGCCAGCGUACGGGCGUUCGUGGACGCUUUUGAGAGAGAGCGAGGGGAAGAAGGGGAGGAGGAGCAAAAGAGGAACGAGGACAGGAGGUUGCGGCGAAGAGAGCCGCGAUUGCACGUGCUCGUGAACAAUGCGGGGGCGCUCUUUCCGAAGCGAGAGCUCGUGGAUGUUUGGAAAAGGGAGGAGCAGGAAGGGAGGGGGGAGGGAGAGGGCAAGCGAGAGAGCCUGUUGGUGGAGAGGACGAUGGCCACGAACCACCUGGGGCCCUUCCUCCUCACUGCCCUCCUCCUUCCCACCCUCAAAGAGACGGGCCGGGCGGAGGGACGCCCUUCGAGGGUGGUCAUGGUCUCCUCCAGGCUGGAGAAGGGGAAGGGCGAGUAUCUGGACUGCUGGGUCCGGGAUCCCACCCUCACUCCCGCGGAGGACCAGGACCCGAAGGAGGAAGGGGAAGAGGAAGGGGGCCCCGUGGCCAGUCCUCCGUACCGACCCUUUUUGGCCUACGGGGCGAGCAAGCUGGCCAAUCUGCUGGCGGUGACUUACUUGCACCGGCAGCAGCAAGGAUGGUCGCUGCCCGACGCCACGCACCAACCGCCAACGACCACCACCCCCCCGUCGCUUCUCCUCGGACCGUCCACGCACCGAUGGGACCCGUCCGACCAGCACGUCUCUGUCUAUGGAUGCACGCCCGGCAUGGUGCACACGGCCCUCAAUCGAUCCCUGCUGCCUGGCUUUGUUCGCGUCCUUUUCUGGCCUCUUAGCUACUCUCUGCUGCAGACGCCCUUCGAGGGCGCGCGGCCUGUGGUCUUUUUAGCCGCGUCCGACAGGGUCGAGGGCAGGGGGGGAGGAUUCUGGGCGCUGGAAGCGCGGAAGAAGGAGGAAGAAAGACGGGAGAAGGGGUGGGACGUGGUGGAGGUAGCUUCGAGCCCGGAGGCAGAAGACAUCGUGCUGGCCCAUAAGUUGUGGGUUCGGUGUGAAGAGAUGGUGGCCCCCUUUUCCAAGACGUAG